UACUCAUGGGCUCUCUGAACCCAUUUCGCCAUUGCGUCUGUCUCUUUUUUCCCUCUAACCAGUCGGAUGCGGUGUAGUGAGAGAAAGAGAGAAGUGGAGAGGAGGUGGUGAAAUGGAGGGAGGCACGCGCAUGGGAAGCAGGUCUUCGACUCGCUAUGGACCUGCGGCUGUGUUCACAGGGCCAGUGAGAAAGUGGAAGAAGAAAUGGGUUCAUAUCUCUCCACCUAACUCUAACCCCACCUCUUCAACCCACCUCCGCCUCUACAAAUGGACGGCUUCUCCAUCAACCACCAAAGAUGAUGACUCUGCAACUCCUCCUGAUACCACUACUACUCCUACUCAAGAAGAACCUCCUCGUCGCAGAGUCCGUUAUGUCCCUGUUGCUGUGCUUGAAGAGCAGAGAAAGGAGGCAUCUGAAAAAGUCGAUGAAGAAACAAAACCAAGUGAUACCACUACUUCAUCUCCUGGGACUACCAAACAUGAGGGUUUAGAUGGAGAAGCUGAGCCUACUGAAGUUGCCAUGGAGGAUGCUCAGGCUGUGGAUAAGGAUCAGCCUGGUGGAACACAACUAAGCUCAAGCUUGGAUUUGAACCUCGGUUUGAAGGCCGAAUCAACACCCCCCAAUUCUCUUGAGCGUGAAAAUGGUCCCAUUUCUAAGAUGGCACAUUAAAGAACAGUUCGGGAAAUUAGCCUGAGUCCAGCAGGUGAUAUGGAGAGCUAGGGCAUGAAUGCAGGAAGAGAUUCACAGAAUGAAAUGGACUAGAGUUGCAUGAGGCCUUCAAACAAGAAUGCAAGUUUAUUUACUCCGGGUGAUUGUAUGGAUGCAUCCUUUGUGGCCUUGUCUUUGAUGUGAAAGUUUCAAAUACUUAAUGAAAAAAUAUAGCCUCUCUCUUUGGCCUUAGCUUU